AUGUCUCUUAUUUCAGAACAGAAUAAGUCUGUGAGCCAAGGAAAGGAGGACUAUUUAUAUAAAAUUAACCGUCAGAUUAAACUAUUUUCUGCUGGAAAACUUACUGGCUCCAGAGUAGCUGAGCUGAAGGCAAAGUACACCUUGCUGCAUGAAACUGUGAGAAGUUUACAGGAAUCUGAGAUCCAGCUGUUGCAGGAAGCCAAACGUCUUAGUGUAGACCUGGAACAACAGCAGCAUGAACUGGAAAAAGCAGAACAGUUCCCUGAAGAAUCUUCCAGUGAAGUCUGCCGAAUAAGGCAACAGCUUCUUAAUUGCCAAAAUGAGUGCAACGCUAUUAAAGAAAGAGAGCAUGAAAUUCAGUUCAGGAUAAAAUGUUUACAAGAAGAGAAAAGACUUCUAGAAAAAGAAUAUGAAAGAAUUCCAAAGCAAGGUGAAGCAGAUAAGAAAAUUAAAAAAAUGGAAGAAGACUGUGAUGAGCUCCACAAAGAAGUAAUCCAAAGGAAAGCAGAAGUUAAUGCAAUGAAAGAAGACAUUUUAUCCAAGCAGAAGCUGAUGUUAAUAGAUAAGAAAGAAAUGGAAAAGCUUCUGGAGGUCCAGGAUAGUUUAAAAGAUGAAUUAGUUAAGAUCCUUGGUGUUCCAGUGCAACUUAGAAAGGAAGCUGAGAAGAUAAAUCAGAAAAAAAUUGAUGCAGAGAAGAAAAAUGAAGAACUUAAUAGCCAAAUGCAGGAAUUAAACUGUGCCCUGAAAGACAUUGACAAAGGGACAGAAAAUAUCUUGCAAGAAAGAGAAGAUGUAAUGAAGGAAUUGGAUGGAAAACGAGCUUUGCUGGAAAGCAAAGAACAAGAAUGUGCUGCUUUGACAAGAUUGCUAGAAAUUGGCAGAGAAAAGGAAUUGGCGAUCCUGGUAGAAAGAGACUCUCUGAACCGUGCAUUAAAGGAACGAAUUUUUGAGAAAAAACAACAACAGGCAACUCUCAUGCACAUGCAAGUAGAGAAAGAUAAAGAACUGAGAAAUCUGAAAAAGAUGGAGCUACAGCUGAAUAUGAUCUAUGAGUCCUUGGAAGAAGAUAAGUCACAGCACAAAACAUUCAAAUUAGAGGCAGAAGCUAUCCCUAAAAUUAAUGGAGUAUUACUAGAAAGAAGACGAGAACUGCAGAAGGAAAUUGAAAUGAAAAAGAGAUGUUUAGCUAAACAGGAGCUGGUAUCGGGUAUGGAUGCCCGCACGUUAGAGGAAUGCAUUGCUGAAGAAGGCCGGCUGUUCAAGGAGCAGGAAAAAUGCCGCAGUGAGUCAUCCAGACUUGCACAGCUGACUUGGCUAAAAGUUGAAGAGAAGGAACAGAAAUCUAGGGAAGUUCAGAAAGUCCAGAUACAACUUCAAAAUAUUAUUAAAGAAAUAAAAAGAAAGGAUCUUGAAAUAGAAGAGUAUAAAAAGAGGAAAAAAAGAGUCCAAAAACAACUCCAAGGAGUUGCUAACAUGUGUGAUAUAAUCCAAAGUGAAAGGAAUAAAUGUAUACAUUUGGUGCAUGUUGCUCAGCGGAAAACAACUGAAAUUAAAGACCGGAUAAAAGUAAAAGCAAGUGAAAGAGAAACUUUAAGGAAUACUCUUACAACCCAAGAAAGAGAACUGCAGAAACAACACAUGAAGAAUAAAAAUAACAUAGCAAUUACGGAGAGUCUCAAAAACGAUUGCUCCAAAGUCAUAAAAGUCAUGUAUGAAAUGAAUGAGAAGAAAAAGCAAGAGGCUUUGGAUCUUGACAGACUUACCAAUAUAGUUAUCCGCAUUGAAGAGGAAAUUGCGCAGCUGCACAAAAAGUACAAAAGAGCCAUUGAGGAGCAAAAUGAGAGUGGCCUUCUGCUUAGAAGUCGAGAAGAAGAAGUAUGUAUUUUAUAUGAAAAAAUAAAUGCACAAGAGUUUUUGUGUAGAAAAGGAGAUAUUGAGAUGCAAGCUAUGGAUGAAAAAAUCAGUUUUCUGAAGAUGAAGGUGGCUGAGAAAGAGAGACAGAUUAAAUUCUGGCUCAAAGCACUCCCAAUGAAGAGAGCCCUGGACGCAGAGUUGGUCAUACUUCAGAUCCAGGUUGGUGGGAAAGAAACCCUUUUUUUCCCCUGCUGAUUUCUCUAAUUCUGUAUUUAACAACAAUUAUCAUAUAAAAUAUAAGCCAGCAUGUACAAGGCUUAUUAAAAUAGAAAGUUCACUAAUACACCUGUCCAGGAAAGCACCGAUGCUUGAAAUACGUUAGUUUCUAGCUCAUGUGUAACUGACUCCAUUUGCCAUGCACAUAUCCAACGCUCCAUCCCAGCUAGCACUCCCAGGGCUGUAAAUGUCAAGAUGACUAAGCUGGAGAAUGGCAGUCAUGGGGAAAAUAUGGGAACAGAGAUAAAAAUUGUUAAAGCUGUAUUGAUGGGGUAGGUGGAGAGCUGGGGAAUAUACUUAGCUCUUCACAUUUCUAAAAUAACAGCCCAAUUCAACCUUGACCCUGAGCCUACUCUGGAAACUCUGCUGCCUACAGUGAUGCCACAUACAUUUCCUUCUACACAAAAACAGAGUAAGUUUUAGUUCUAGUUACAACGUGACAUUAAAAAAUUAACAAACUGCAGCGUUGGUCAUUGUUCUAGGCAUUCUUUCCUUGCUUUCUGAAAUGGCCCAUUUACUUUUGACCUUAUCUCCAGAUGGUAAUUUUUUCCACACAUACUCUGUUAACGUCUACACAAAAUUAUGGUGUACCACUGCCAUCUUGAUGGAGUCUGUGCCUCGCUGUUAAAUAGUGCUUGCACUGUUCUCUUAUUUCUGGUCUUUUAAAGAGAUUGUAUGCUCAGUUAAUAAAAUACAGUUUUGUGCAGUACCUUAUCCAAAUCAUACCUCAAAGAGCUUCACAGCACAAUUACAGACUUAAAUGAUGAAUAAAAAGAACAUAAAAAGAGAUGAGAGACUGAAGAAAAUAAGAAAUGCUUCCAGAUAAGACUUAGAAUGAGACUGAGAGUCGCAAACGCAGUAACAAAGUGCAGAUGAUUUCUGUGUUAAGUUUUCUGUUCUGCAUUCCUGAAACUUUCUCCUUUGAGAUGACGGUCUGUGUUAAGAGCUGAAGGGAGGCUGCUAUUACAGGCUUUUUAAGUCUUUUUGCAUGAAGUAAAACAGAAUGAAAAUAGUGUCGUGAUAUGGUCUCUAUGCGUGUUCCCGAGUCGGGGAUUUUUGAGCAAACAAUGGCAAAUAAUCAGUUGUCACUGGAUAGUGUGGUUAUGGAAUAUUAAGUGGUUCAAGCUGGCUGCCAGCCCAGCCAUCUCCCUGUGCUGUCAGGUAUUCUAGCAUUAAUACUCUUCCUUCUACUGGUAAUAACCAUUAUGAUUACUAAGAAAUCAUUCUAAAUCAUUUGGCUUUAUCACCUUGAUUUAAAUAAAAGUCAUAACCCUACACUGAAUUUUGGCAUUGAUUAGACCAUUAACUCCUGUCCUGAUUAUAGAUCUGGCCCCAUGUUGAUGUCCAACAGCAUCACUUGAUUACAAUAUGCGAAGUCUCUUACAGCAAUGCUCAUUCGCACAUGAUCUUGACUUAAUGUGGUCAGUACAGGUCUAAAUCCAUCCUUCCUGUGAACCCAACUUCUGAUGCCAAGCUGAAGCCUAAAGAGGUGGUAACAGGCACUCCGACCUGAAGUUAGAGCCCACUGGGCAAAUUAUACAGAUCAAUGGU